AUGGCGCCCAACGUCACCAUUCGAAAUUUCAGCAACAACCCGUUGACCCUCGUGCAGGUCGAACAUUUCGACCCUCACAAAGAAGAGGGCGGGUUUCAGAUGAGCAACGUGACCAUGGCCCUGGGAAAUGUCACCAACAGCCUGGGACUGACCAACAGCACCACCCGCAAGGACGUUCCUGAGAUCGACGCCAAUGCCAGACCAUUUGAGAGUCGCAACCUCGACAUCAAGAUCCCGCCGUUUUCAAUCGUCAACACCGACAUCCGUCCCACCAUCAACAAGUCGGAUGAACGGUUGCGACUGACGUUUCAGACAGAUCUUGGGGGCAAGCAUCAGCUCUACUGCCCCGUGCCUACUCAGCACACGGCAUCUCUGGUGGCGCUGGCCGAGAACCCGAAAUAUCGCUUCACGGGCAUCUAUCUGCCAGAGCACUCGUUCGUCUCUCUAUUCAACACCUCGAACCUGGAAGAAUGGCAACGAGAGCUCCCCGACAACACACCCCUCGGCGCGCUCUCCAUCCCAGGCUCCCACAACUCUCCCACCCACCACCAAGCCCCUCCAUCCGUCAGAUGCCAAGCUGUCUCGCCCAAGGAGCAGCUCAAGAACGGCUUCCGCUUCUUCGACGUCCGCGUUCAGGUCCCUGAACCCUUCAACCCGGGCUCCGACCACCUCAACCUCGUGCACUCGGCCUUUCCCAUCUCUCUGACCGGCAACAAACACUUCCGAGACCUGUACAACGACAUCCUGCAAUUCCUACGCGACCACCCGAGUGAAACCCUCAUCCUCUCGCUCAAACGCGAAGGCACCGGAAAGGGCACGGACGAGCAAUUCUCCCGUAUUCUGAAGAACCAUUACCUCAAGGACGACCGACAAUGGUUCACGGAGCCGCGCGUCCCCACGCUCGGCGAAGCCCGCGGCAAGAUCGUGCUGCUGCGCCGCUUCGGGCUCGAAGAAGAGCUGAGGCGCGAGUGGAACGGUCGGGGGCUCGGCAUCGACGCGCAGAACUGGGCGGACAACACGCCUAACGCGACGUGUCCGAGCGGCGACGUCGUCGUGCAAGACUUCUACGAGGUGCUGGAGCGGCCCUCCAUCGACAAGAAGAUCCUCUACGCGCGCGAACAUCUCGAGCGCAGCGGUUGCUGUGCCUUUACGCCGGAGAACCCCGGCGCCACAGACGGCAAGAAGGUGCCCCUGCACGUCAACUUCCUGAGCGCCAGUAAUUUCUGGAAGGUCAACACUUGGCCCGAGAAGAUUGCCGCCGAGGUCAAUCCGGCCAUCACGGAGCAUCUGUGUCGGAGUCAUCAGUUGGGGGAUGGCGGCAGGGUCAAGGACGGGAAUUGGAGUACCGGGAUUGUGGUCACGGACUGGGUCGGUUUAGGUGGGGAUUGGGAUCUCGCGAGAGCCGUCGUCGGGAUGAAUGCCAAGUUGGUGAGGAAAUGA